UAUGUUGAAUAUCGCAAUAUACCCCCCCGCUAAAGGUAACGCUUAGGUUGCUGCAUGCUUGUAGCCUACUGUCAGUGGCAACAUCAAAAUGGAGCUUUCCAGUGCGCCGUAAAAUGCUAAUCCGGUGGGUUAGAAUCGUUCUUCUCUAAAGUAGAGCCAUUAAUGGAUAAAUAUGGCGUAUUGUGGAGUGGUGUGUUUGUGGAUACGCUAACGGAAAUGCAUCCUCAAUGACUACCACUUGCUCUUCUUGUAUGGUUUCGGAUGCACCGCCCCAUUGGGCUGAUCUAAACAGCAGAUCACAUCAGGCGAGCUGAGGCUGAACCGACAGCAUCAUUCAAGUGGAGGCUUCCAUCCCAUAACCUGACGUCAGCACGAUGUGGAAGCACACCAGUAUGGACCUCAUCUGAAGGAAACUGAAGAAAAAAAACCCCAAGUGGAACAGCACCUCACACGCCAGACUUCGGCCAACGAGCCCUCUUUUUGAGACUCUGUUCAUUUCCCUCCCAAAGCGCUCCAGAAGCCGUACCCAAGCCCGGCCACAGUUCCUGUGGGAGUCCGUGCUGUGCGCAGUGGACCCGAGAUGAGUGGGCUCAUGGGUAAACUGCGGAGGGUGCAGUGGGGGGCCACAUGGAAUGCCUUCCAGACGCGCGUGCUGCGCACCAAACCCGUGGAGUCCAUGCUGGAGAGUACGGGCGGCACGGGCGCCCAUGGCACCAAGCUGGCCCGCGUCCUGACCACCGUGGACCUGGUGUCGCUCGGUGUGGGCAGCUGCGUGGGCACGGGCAUGUACGUGGUGUCCGGGCUGGUCGCCAAGGAGAUGGCAGGGCCGGGAGUCAUCAUGUCCUUCAUCAUCGCAGCGGUGGCCUCGUUCCUCUCAGGGGUGUGUUAUGCCGAGUUUGGAGUCCGUGUGCCGAAGACCACGGGCUCGGCGUACACCUACAGCUAUGUGACAGUGGGGGAGUUUGUGGCCUUCUUCAUUGGCUGGAAUCUGAUUCUGGAGUACCUGAUUGGCACAGCGGCCGGGGCCAGCGCCCUCAGCAGCAUGUUUGAUUCGCUGGCCAAUCACUCAAUCAGCGGCUUCAUGAUCAGCCACAUAGGCACGCUCAAUGGCCUCGGGAAGGGUGAGGAGUCCUACCCCGACCUGCUGGCUCUGGUGAUUGCCAUCCUGGUAACGGUGGUGGUUGCCCUCGGAGUGAAGAACUCGGUUGGCUUCAACAACGUGCUGAACGUCAUCAACCUGGUGGUGUGGGUCUUCAUGAUGAUCGCCGGACUCUUCUUCGUCAACGGGGCCAACUGGGAUGAAGGGCGCUUCCUGCCGUUCGGCUGGUCAGGGGUCAUGCAAGGUGCGGCCACCUGCUUCUACGCCUUCAUCGGGUUCGACAUCAUCGCCACCACAGGAGAGGAAGCCAAAAGCCCCAACACGUCCAUCCCGUACGCCAUCACAGCCUCACUGGUCACUUGCCUGACCGCAUACGUGUCUGUGAGUGUGAUCUUGACCCUGAUGGUGCCCUACACGGAGAUCGACGCAGACGCACCACUCAUGGAGAUGUUCGCUCUGCACGGCUUCCAGGCGGCCAAGUACAUCGUGGCCAUCGGCUCCAUCGCUGGUCUGACAGUCAGCCUGUUUGGGUCACUCUUCCCCAUGCCCCGCGUCAUCUACGCCAUGGCCGGAGACGGACUGCUCUUCAAGUUCCUGGCUGUAGUCAACACGUACACAGAGACGCCGGUGUUGGCGUGCGUGGUGUCGGGCUUCCUGGCUGGACUGCUCUCGCUGCUGGUCAGCCUGCGCGACUUGAUCGAGAUGAUGUCCAUCGGCACACUGCUGGCCUACACGCUGGUGUCCGUCUGCGUCCUGCUACUGCGCUACCAGCCCGAGAGCGACAUCCACGGCUUCGUCAACUUCCUGUCUGAGGAGAGCACCAAGCGCAAGGAGGGCGUGCUGGCCGAGUGCGAGCGGGACGCCUGCUCGCCGGUCAGCGAGGGUGAUGAGUUCUCCGGCCCGGCCACCAAUACCUGUGGUGCCAAGAACCUGCCCUCGCUCGGCGACAACGAGAUGCUCAUCGGCAAGCCGGACAAGUCGGCCUACACAGCCGCGCACCCCAACUACGGCACGGUGGACAUGUCGUCGGUCAUCGAGCCCGACGAGUCGGACAGCGCGCACGUGCUCAAGCUCAAGAAACUUCUGGGCCCACGCUACUACACUCUCCGCAUCCGCCUGGGCCUGCCCGGCAAGAUGGACCGUCCGACGGUGGCCACGGGCCGCACGGUCACGCGCUGCGUCCUGCUCCUCUUCUUCCUGAUGUUCGGCUUCUGCUCGCUGGUGACGUUCGGCGCGGACUGCAUCGCAGAGGGCAGCUGGUGGGCAGUGCUGCUGCUGGUGGUCCUGCUGGUGGUCAUGAUGCUGCUGGUCUUCAUCAUCCUGCAGCAGCCCGAGAACCCCAAGCGCCUGCCCUACAUGGCCCCCUGCGUGCCCUUCGUCCCCGCCGCGGCCAUGCUGGUCAACAUUUACCUCAUGCUCAAGCUCUCCGACAUCACCUGGAUACGCUUCGCCGUCUGGUGUUUUGUGGGUGUGCUGAUCUACUUUGGCUACGGCAUGUGGAACAGCACCCUGGAGAUCACGGCACGCGAGGAGGAGGCGCACGCCAGCACCUACCAGCGCUACGACGUGGGCGUCGAUGAAGGCUUCGCCGACAACUUCUACCCCCCAGAGGACAGCUGGGGCGAGCCCCAGGACACCGCCGGCACCAAGCAGCACCAGGGCCAGGGCCCGAGUCCGCCCGAGCCCCCGGCCAAGCCCGGCCAAGUCAACUCCCUGGACCGCCGCAGGACCUCCCCCUCCCCCCACAGCAGCAAAGCCAAAAGCAAAAGCCCCCCCGGCCUGGCGUUUGAGGGCCUGGCAGUGGACGAUGACUUAGAUGACCCACUGGACUGAGAUGGACCCCCGGGUGACUACUGUCCUGUUUGUGUGUGUGCUGAUGCUGAGGAUGUGGUGGAUGGUGAUGAUGUUGAUGAUGAUGGCUAGAACCCUUGGGCUAGAUGGUUUCCUUUGAGUCAGGAGAGCUCCAUUUUGUGGUCAUGCCAUCCUCUUAUCUGUCGUUGCUGGGAAGUAGGCAGAGUAGAGUGGACUCAGUGGUACAUAUCAGCUGGUUUAACCUUACCAUGGCAGCAACCUUCCCACUUCAAAACAAAUGCUCCACCAUUUUUUUUUUCCUCAAGGCCGUAGUUUUAAAUUUUGCGUCAACACUUUAGCCCACGCAUGCUCAUUGUUUCAGAUACUCUGGCCAUCCCAAGCAAGCCUUGCAUUCAUUAUGUGUGAAAGAGCUACAUCACUUGGUUCAAGUCACAACCCAAAAAAUAGAACAAUUUGCCAUUAAACACAUGUUCAUGACACAGCUGCUUUUGACUGACAGGAAGUGGGCGGUUUUUGAAGCCUGAACCAUUUUCUUGUAUCUAGGUCAGGGGAUCCUCUGACUGCAGAGGCAAUCUUUUAAUCUGCCAAGGACAGGAAGGAAGCUUUUUUUUUAUUAACCAGUCAUAGAAAGAAAAGCUGAGAUUCCACAAAUUGUAUUACCUGACCCCUCAUUACGUAUACCUCUUGGUUCUGAAUUCGUAACUUAUAAGACGCUGUAAUUAUUUUUGUAAUAAACAUACCUUAUUUUUGUUGGCCAAAAAAAUCAUAACAUGGGAUAUAAACAGGAACAUAGAUAAGCUGAGUUUAAGUUGGGUAUCAGACAGCGAUAUGAUGGCGGGGUCCACUAUGGACUGUUCGGGGGUGAGAGUGGAUGGCACGUUUUACUUCACUGCUUCUCCUGCUAGCCUCUAGCCCAAGAGGUGUGGUUGGUGGAGAUUUAUCACCAAUGAGUUGCCACAAAUAUUGAUUGGACUUGCAGUCGCUUGCAAUAGUGCCUUCAUCUGUCAGUGUGUGCUUUAACUAUGGUUGCCAUGAUGUCCAUGCGUUUCGGUGUCUGUGUCUGGGGCUUGUUGAUAUGAAGAAUCUUGUCAGGGCAGGGGGAUGCAUGUAAAAGUGAUUUUAUGCAUUUAUUUGUUUAUUUGUAUGUAUGUUUGUUUAUCUAUUUAUAGGCCAGGCUGUUAUGUUGACAGACAGCCUUUGGGUCAUCACAUUGUCCACCCAUCUCAAUUCAGCAGCUUGCCAUCCAUGUCUGUGACUCCACCCCCCACACACACACACACACAUCCUUGCAAGCAGGCCUCUCUGUGUGUCCAGCGCUCUGGUAUGGUUUGUGGGCUUCCCACCCCGAGAGUGAGGGCCAAAAGCAGACAGGGUGCAUGAGAGACAUGUUGAGAGCGCAUAGGAAGGGGAGGGGGAAGGAAUGCUUCUCUGCCGUGUGCUUCGUCUGUGACCCGGGAGUCACCAGGCUCCUUCCUUUCUGUCUUCCACUCUCUCUUUCUCUCUACCCCCCACCCCCACCUCUCUCUCUUUCUCUCUCUCUCUCUUUCUCUCAAUCUCUGUCCCCCCAUCUCU